UCUCUCUCUCUCUCUCUCUCUCUCUCUCUCUCUAAUUGACUGAGGGAACAGUCUUUCCCACUCGCAGACGCCUCGAUAGAACCCUAGAAACCGCCCUUUAACAAAUCGGAGAACGCAAAACACAAACACUUGGGUGAAACGCUUUUCUCUUGUUCAUUCUUUUUGAUGUGUAGAGGUUGCGAGAGACCGAUCAUUUUUAGUCGGUGUUAGAGUUUUUCUAGAUUAGAUUCAGAAGAUGUGGAACAGUAACGGAGGACAAGAUAUGUGGAGUAACAACAACGCCGCCGCACCGAUUGCGCCACCAGGGACCAGUGUAAGCGGUGGCGGUCCGAUAAUGCCUCCGGGGACCAGUGGAGGAACUGCUGCUGGAGGAGGAGGGCCACCGCUUCCGCCUUCUUACACUGUUUUGCCUUCGGAGGCUCAGCUCGAAGAAAAAGCGAGGAAGUGGAUGCAAUUGAACUCUAAGCGGUAUGGCGAUAAACGGAAGUUCGGAUUCGUCGAGUCGCAGAAGGAGGACAUGCCUCAGGAACAUGUUAGAAAGAUCAUUCGGGACCAUGGUGAUAUGUCCUCCAAAAAAUAUCGUCAUGAUAAACGUGUAUAUUUAGGAGCUCUUAAAUUUGUUCCACAUGCAGUCUACAAACUGCUCGAGAAUAUGCCAAUGCCCUGGGAACAGGUUCGUGAUGUGAAGAUCUUAUACCACAUAUCUGGUGCCAUCACAUUUGUGAAUGAAAUUCCAUGGGUGGUUGAGCCUAUCUAUUUGGCUCAGUGGGGUACAAUGUGGAUCAUGAUGAGAAGGGAAAAAAGGGACCGGCGACAUUUCAAAAGAAUGCGAUUUCCCCCUUUUGAUGACGAGGAGCCUCCAUUAGAUUAUGCUGAUAAUCUUUUGGAUGUGGAUCCUCUGGAGCCAAUUCAAUUAGAGAUGGAUGAGGAAGAAGAUUCUGCUGUAUAUACUUGGUUUUAUGACCAUAAACCUCUUGUGAAAACAAAGCUUAUCAAUGGUCCAAGUUACCGGAAAUGGCAUCUCUCCCUUCCAAUCAUGGCAACACUCCAUCGACUUGCAGGACAGCUGCUUUCUGAUUUGAUAGACCGCAACUAUUUUUACUUGUUCGACAUGGAGUCAUUUUUUACAGCUAAAGCACUGAACAUGUGCAUACCUGGUGGUCCUAAGUUUGAACCUUUGUAUCGUGACAUGGAGAAAGGGGAUGAGGAUUGGAAUGAAUUUAACGACAUCAACAAACUUAUCAUCCGGUCACCUCUCAGGACAGAGUACCGGAUUGCAUUUCCUCAUCUAUAUAACAACAGGCCUAGGAAAGUGAAGCUGUGUGUAUAUCACACUCCUAUGAUUAUGUAUAUAAAAACUGAGGAUCCUGAUUUACCUGCAUUUUAUUAUGAUCCUCUAAUACAUCCAAUAACCAGCACCAAUAAGGAUAGGCGUGAGAAGAAAGCUUAUGAAGAGGAUGAUGAUGAUGAUUUCUAUUUGCCAGAGGGGGUUGAACCAUUGCUCACAGACAUUCCUAUAUAUACUGAUACUACAGCUGCUGGUAUUUCACUUUUGUUUGCCCCACGCCCUUUUAACAUGAGAUCUGGUCGGAUGAGACGUGCUGAAGAUAUACCUCUUGUGUCAGAGUGGUACAAGGAGCAUUGUCCGCCAUCAUACCCAGUAAAAGUCCGGGUGAGUUACCAAAAAUUGUUGAAAUGUUUUGUGUUGAAUGAGCUGCAUCACAGGCCACCUAAGGCUCAGAAGAAGAAGCAUUUGUUCCGGUCUCUCCAAGCUACUAAGUUUUUUCAGACAACAGUACUUGAUUGGGCUGAAGCAGGUCUCCAAGUUUGUAAGCAAGGGUACAAUAUGCUGAAUCUACUGAUACAUAGGAAAAAUUUGAAUUACCUUCACCUUGAUUAUAACUUCAAUCUGAAGCCUGUGAAGACUCUCACUACUAAGGAACGCAAGAAGUCGCGGUUUGGUAAUGCUUUUCAUUUGUGUCGUGAAAUCCUGCGUUUAACAAAGCUUGUAGUUGAUGCCAAUAUUCAGUUCCGCUUGGGAAAUGUCGAUGCAUUUCAGUUGGCAGAUGGCUUGCAGUAUACCUUUUCACAUGUUGGUCAGUUGACGGGUAUGUACCGGUACAAGUACAGGCUUAUGCGACAAAUUCGGAUGUGCAAAGAUUUAAAGCACUUGAUUUAUUACCGAUUCAAUACUGGGCCGGUUGGGAAAGGACCUGGAUGUGGCUUCUGGGCACCUAUGUGGAGGGUCUGGUUGUUCUUCCUUCGUGGCAUAGUGCCUCUUCUGGAAAGAUGGUUGGGAAAUUUACUUGCACGGCAAUUUGAGGGGCGUCAUUCUAAAGGUGUGGCCAAGACUGUUACUAAGCAACGUGUUGAAAGCCACUUCGACUUGGAACUUCGUGCUGCUGUUAUGCAUGAUGUUCUUGAUGCCAUGCCAGAGGGCAUUAAGCAGAAUAAGGCAAGAACCAUUUUGCAGCAUUUGAGUGAAGCAUGGCGCUGUUGGAAAGCAAAUAUUCCUUGGAAGGUGCCUGGUUUACCAGUUCCCAUAGAGAACAUGAUUCUGCGUUAUGUCAAGUCAAAAGCUGAUUGGUGGACAAAUGUUGCUCAUUAUAACCGGGAGCGUAUUAGAAGGGGUGCAACUGUUGACAAAACUGUCUGUCGAAAGAAUCUUGGAAGGUUGACUCGCCUUUGGCUAAAGGCAGAACAGGAACGUCAACACAACUAUCUGAAAGAUGGUCCUUAUGUGACACCAGAAGAAGCAGUUGCUAUAUACACCACCACUGUGCAUUGGUUGGAAUCAAGAAAAUUUUCCCCUAUUCCAUUCCCUCCAUUGUCGUACAAGCAUGAUACAAAACUUCUUAUCCUCGCUCUCGAGAGGUUGAAGGAGUCUUAUAGUGUGGCUGUGAGGUUAAAUCAGCUACAAAGAGAGGAGUUGGGCCUCAUUGAACAAGCUUAUGACAAUCCACAUGAGGCUUUGUCACGGAUUAAGCGUCAUCUGCUCACUCAGCGUGCUUUCAAAGAAGUUGGCAUUGAGUUCAUGGAUUUGUACAGUUACUUAAUUCCAGUUUACGAGAUUGAACCUCUGGAGAAGAUCACAGAUGCGUAUCUUGACCAGUAUCUCUGGUACGAAGGUGACAAGCGCCAUCUCUUCCCUAAUUGGAUUAAGCCUGCAGACUCAGAGCCGCCACCGCUGUUAGUCUACAAAUGGUGUCAGGGCAUAAACAAUUUGCAAGGCAUAUGGGAUACUAGUGAAGGACAGUGUGUGGUGAUGCUUCAGACUAAGUUCGAGAAAUUUUUUGAAAAGAUCGAUUUAACCAUGCUGAACAGGCUUCUACGACUGGUCCUUGACCACAAUAUUGCUGAUUAUGUCACUGCAAAAAACAAUGUCGUGUUGUCCUACAAGGAUAUGAGCCACACAAAUUCAUAUGGUCUUAUUCGUGGUCUUCAGUUUGCUUCUUUUGUUGUACAGUAUUAUGGACUCGUGCUGGAUCUUUUGCUCCUUGGUUUGACCCGAGCCAGUGAAAUUGCUGGUCCACCACAGAUGCCAAAUGAGUUCAUUACUUACUGGGACACUAAAGUAGAAACACGACACCCGAUUCGGUUGUACUCUCGGUAUAUUGACAAAGUGCAUAUAUUAUUCCGCUUCACUCAUGAAGAGGCUCGGGAUCUUAUCCAGCGAUAUCUUACUGAGCAUCCUGAUCCCAACAAUGAAAAUAUGGUAGGUUAUAACAAUAAGAAGUGCUGGCCAAGAGAUGCACGAAUGAGGCUGAUGAAGCAUGACGUCAAUCUUGGGAGAAGUGUGUUCUGGGACAUGAAGAACCGUCUUCCUCGAAGUAUCACCACACUGGAGUGGGAGAAUAGCUUUGUUUCUGUUUACAGCAAAGACAAUCCAAACUUGCUUUUCAGCAUGUGCGGAUUUGAAGUUCGUAUUCUGCCCAAGAUAAGGAUGACUCAAGAGGCAUUCAGCAAUACAAGAGAUGGAGUUUGGAAUCUGCAGAAUGAGCAGACCAAAGAACGCACUGCAGUUGCGUUCUUACGGGUUGAUGAUGAACAUAUGAAAGUAUUUGAGAAUCGCGUGAGACAGAUUCUUAUGUCGUCAGGUUCAACAACAUUCACGAAGAUUGUAAACAAAUGGAAUACAGCUCUUAUUGGCCUAAUGACAUAUUUCCGUGAAGCAACAGUACAUACCCAAGAGCUGUUAGAUUUGCUGGUGAAAUGUGAAAAUAAAAUUCAGACCCGUAUUAAGAUUGGGUUGAAUUCUAAAAUGCCUAGCAGGUUCCCUCCUGUUAUUUUCUACACACCUAAGGAAAUUGGAGGCCUUGGUAUGUUGUCAAUGGGUCACAUAUUGAUUCCACAGAGUGAUCUGCGUUACAGUCAGCAAACAGAUGUUGGUGUAACACAUUUUAGGAGUGGAAUGAGUCAUGAAGAGGACCAGUUGAUUCCUAAUCUGUACCGUUACAUACAGCCAUGGGAGAGUGAGUUCAUUGAUUCACAGCGUGUUUGGGCAGAAUAUGCUCUGAAGAGGCAGGAAGCUCAAUCACAAAAUAGGCGUUUAACCCUUGAAGAUUUGGAAGAUUCAUGGGAUCGUGGAAUACCUCGUAUCAAUACUUUGUUUCAGAAGGACCGCCACACCCUGGCAUAUGACAAAGGAUGGAGAGUUAGGACAGACUUUAAACAGUACCAAGUUCUGAAACAAAACCCAUUUUGGUGGACACACCAGAGGCAUGAUGGAAAAUUGUGGAACUUGAACAACUAUAGAACUGAUGUCAUCCAAGCACUUGGAGGUGUUGAAGGAAUUCUUGAGCAUACAUUAUUCAAAGGAACUUAUUUCCCUACCUGGGAGGGUCUUUUCUGGGAGAAGGCAUCAGGUUUUGAGGAGUCCAUGAAGUAUAAGAAGCUGACUAAUGCACAAAGAUCUGGGCUGAACCAAAUCCCUAACCGUAGGUUUACCCUUUGGUGGUCGCCUACCAUAAAUCGAGCCAAUGUCUAUGUUGGUUUCCAAGUGCAGCUGGAUCUGACUGGCAUAUUCAUGCAUGGAAAGAUACCAACUCUGAAGAUCUCUCUGAUUCAGAUAUUCCGUGCACACUUGUGGCAAAAGGUACAUGAGAGUGUGGUGAUGGACCUGUGCCAGGUUUUGGAUCAAGAGCUAGAUGCAUUGGAAAUUGAGACUGUGCAGAAGGAAACAAUCCAUCCAAGGAAGAGCUACAAAAUGAAUAGCUCUUGUGCCGACAUUCUCCUUUUUGCUGCGCAUAGAUGGCCCAUGUCAAAGCCCAGUCUAGUGGCUGAAUCUAAGGAUGUGUUCGAUCAGAAAGCAAGCAAUAAAUAUUGGAUAGAUGUGCAGCUCCGUUGGGGUGAUUAUGACUCUCAUGAUAUUGAGCGUUACACCCGUGCAAAAUUUAUGGAUUAUACAACAGAUAACAUGUCUAUCUAUCCAUCACCAACUGGAGUGAUGAUUGGUCUUGAUCUUGCAUAUAACUUGCAUUCUGCAUUUGGAAACUGGUUCCCUGGUUCAAAACCGCUUCUUGCUCAGGCCAUGAAUAAGAUUAUGAAGUCCAAUCCAGCGUUAUAUGUUCUGAGGGAGCGUAUUAGAAAAGGGUUGCAGUUGUAUUCUUCGGAACCUACAGAGCCAUAUCUAUCGUCUCAGAACUAUGGGGAGAUAUUCAGCAACCAAAUAAUCUGGUUUGUUGAUGACACAAACGUGUAUCGUGUCACAAUUCACAAGACAUUUGAAGGAAAUCUCACAACAAAACCCAUUAAUGGAGCCAUCUUUAUAUUUAAUCCGAGGACAGGGCAGCUGUUUCUGAAGGUCAUUCACACAAGUGUGUGGGCAGGACAAAAGCGUCUUGGCCAGCUGGCCAAAUGGAAAACAGCGGAGGAAGUGGCUGCGCUUGUGCGGUCCUUGCCAGUUGAAGAACAACCAAAGCAAAUUAUUGUGACGCGUAAAGGAAUGUUGGAUCCCCUGGAAGUGCAUUUGCUUGAUUUCCCUAAUAUUGUCAUCAAAGGAAGUGAGCUGCAGCUGCCAUUCCAGGCUUGCUUGAAGAUAGAGAAAUUUGGUGAUCUGAUAUUGAAGGCUACCGAACCACAAAUGGUUUUGUUCAAUAUAUAUGAUGAUUGGUUGAAGAGUAUUUCAUCCUAUACAGCAUUCUCAAGACUCAUCUUGAUUUUGCGUGCACUUCAUGUGAACAAUGAGAAGGCUAAAAUGUUACUAAAGCCUGACAAGACAAUCAUCACUGAGCCUCAUCAUAUCUGGCCUUCUCUAACAGAUGAUCAAUGGGUUAAGGUUGAGGUUGCUCUGAGAGAUCUUAUACUGUCCGAUUAUGCCAAGAAGAACAACGUGAACACAUCAGCACUGACUCAAUCUGAGAUACGUGAUAUAAUUCUUGGAGCUGAGAUAACUCCUCCUUCGCAACAGCGACAGCAGAUAGCAGAGAUUGAGAAACAGGCAAAGGAAGCAAGUCAGCUGACAGCAGUCACUACAAGGACUACUAAUGUGCAUGGUGAUGAACUCAUUGUCACUACAACAAGUCCAUAUGAGCAAGCUGCAUUUGGGUCUAAAACUGAUUGGCGUGUGAGAGCAAUUUCUGCUACAAAUCUCUAUCUCCGAGUGAAUCAUAUAUAUGUGAAUUCAGAGGACAUAAAGGAAACGGGUUACACUUAUAUCAUGCCCAAAAAUAUUUUGAAGAAGUUCAUAUGCAUUGCAGAUCUGCGGACUCAAAUUGCAGGGUACUUGUAUGGCAUAAGUCCUCCAGACAAUCCUCAGGUGAAGGAAAUUCGUUGUAUUGCCAUGCCACCACAGUGGGGGACCCAUCAGCAAGUGCACCUCCCAUCAGCGCUCCCCGAGCAUGACUUCCUAAAUGAUUUGGAACCUUUGGGAUGGAUGCAUACACAGCCAAAUGAGCUUCCUCAGUUGUCACCACAGGAUUUGACUAAUCAUGCUCGAAUUCUGGAGAACAGCAAGCAAUGGGAUGGAGAAAAGUGUAUUAUAUUGACUUGCAGCUUCACUCCGGGGUCCUGCUCGUUGACUGCAUACAAGCUUACGCCGUCAGGUUAUGAGUGGGGACGUGCCAAUAAGGAUACUGGAAGCAAUCCACAUGGCUAUCUCCCAACUCAUUAUGAGAAGGUCCAGAUGCUCCUGAGUGACCGGUUCCUUGGUUUUUACAUGAUCCCGGACAAUGGCCCCUGGAACUACAAUUUCAUGGGGGUGAAACAUACUGUAAGCAUGAAGUAUGGGAUAAAACUGGGGGCGCCUCGGGAGUACUAUCACGAGGACCAUCGCCCGACUCACUUUUUGGAAUUUAGCAAUUUGGAGGAGGGUGACACAGCAGAGGGUGAUCGUGAGGAUACGUUCACAUAAGUUCAGUAUUUGUAGCUAGCUUUCCUAUUACACUUUUGUCUCCUAAAACUCGCAUAUUCUUGGUUUCGUCGUUUCAACUGUGGUUCCCAAAGCAAUGCGAAAAUCAUGUGUUCUAACAAUGUAGUAUCCCGAUACGGUAGUGCUUCACCGGAUUGGAUCUGUAAACUAUUGUAGCAACAAUUUUCUGUACUAGUUGUAUAUACAUAUAUGUUCUGAAAUGGAAUGUUCUAGCCUCUUAUGAGGUUUUUGCUUA